CAUUACAACUACCCUGGUUAUUCUUCAUUAUCAGUAUUGCUUGAUGUUCUGAAUGAGAAGUUGAAGAAUCAUAUUCCUGUAAUUAGCGUGAUAAGCAUCAUGGGAACAACGGAAGAGAGUGCUGUUGAUCCAUUGGACGAGAUCUUGAAUAUCCGCGAUCAGCUGAAAAAGCAGGUACGACAGUCUUUUUUCAACAUAUGCGCUAAAAACGUCAUCAACUUUUCUCUUUCUUUUAUGUGGAGUAAAUGAGCUUUUACAGUUGUAAAAUACAGAGCACACCAGACAUGUAGACAGUACUACUAAAGUUCACACCCUGUUCAAGACACUGAAUAGUGAAAUUGUGUACCCUGUUCUAGACUUCGCCUAGUCCUUGUACGGCGUUUCCCAGGCCUCCUCCGUCAAUUCACUUCGGUGACGUAUCUGAGGCUCGGACCACGUGACCCGAAACGCAUUGGCCGCAGGAAUAAUAAGGCCUAGGGACUAGGCAAUUCACUUCGGUGACGUAUCCGAGGUUCGGACCACGUGACCCGAAACACAUUGGCUGCACGGAAUAAUAAGGCCUAGGGACUUGGCAAUUCUAGACUUAAGGCCCCAAAAACCAUACUCUAGUUGGCGCCUUGGCGGUGCAUACCCGUUUAGGCCAAGUAAGGGAGUGCUCUCCCCAAGGGGGAUAUACACAACCUAUGAAUAGCAAUCAUGUCUUUUCUUGAUCAGGGGCUCAAUUUUAGCAUCCACGCGGACGCCGCCUGGGGAGCUUACUUUGCGAGCAUGCUACGGGACCCACCAGCAGGCCUAUCCAAGCAGAACGUUGAAGACGAAGGGUUUGUUCCUGAACUUUCCCUCAAUGAAUUUGUCAUCAAGCAGAUGGAGGUAUUUCUAGCCCUUAUUUAAACCCUAACAUCAAAAUUCAAAUUCUCAUCUGAUUCAAGUGCACUUGGUAAUCUUAAGUCGCUCUGUAGAACACAUGUCUUCACACUUGUUGACAAAGUAUAUUACUUGAAGUAAAAGCUGUCAAUCUCUCCCUUCAUUCAGGGAGAAUCUUGGAACCGCUGAACGUACACAUAGUGCAAAUGGCUUCCAUUUCUUAAUGGUCAAGUGUGUUCUCAAGUGUCGUGCAGACCAUACUUGGCCGCGAACUUCGGCUUCUUUGAACUACGAACGUUUCCAUGGUCACCAAAUAACGUUGAAGUAGCUACAUUUUACCCCUUCACACUCAAAGUAGGUUCUAAGUACGCUUAAAUUAUACUUGAAGCUCUAGUGAGAAGCCAACAAAUUUGCAUACAUCUACAGUACAGAAUGCGAUUUAAAAUUAUAGUUAUUACAAUUACAUGUACAAAUUAUUUGUCUAUGUGUUUCUUUAAGAAAAUUAAAGAAUGUGACACUAUCACUGGCGACCCACACAAAUCGGGAUUCUGUCCGUAUCCGGCAGGUGCAAUAUGCUAUCGCAAAAAGGAGCUGAACAAUUUUGUCAACUUCACGAGCGAAACAGUUUAUUAUCAUGGGAAAAAUAACCUUGGGGAUCUGGGCAUUGAAGGUUCAAAGCCUGGUUCGGCUGCCUCGGCCGUGCAUAUGGCCAACAAGGUAAUCGUUUCCUUUGUUAAUUUUAUAUUUUGAGAGAAAGAGGGAAGAAACGUCAGUUCUUUGAGAGGAUACUGAUAAAGACAAAAAAUUGGACAUAUCAUAUUCGGAUGCAGUUGUUCAACACAGUGUAAUGUCACAGCAAUCGGUUUCCUGGGAGCACUACUCUCUUCUUUAAAGCUUCAUUUCGCUAUAAACGCUUUCUCCUGACCGAUUAACCCACGACUGCUUCCCUAGUGGACACCUUAAUUUUGAACCCGCCGCAUGCGCUUUAUAAGCUUAAAUUUAAAACGAAAGUGAACAUGCCUCUUAAAUACAGGUUGUAGCUAAAACCAGGAGAAUCAUCAGGUGGAGAUGUGCUUCGGAAAUGUGGUUUUCAGGAUGUUUUAAGAUAACUUUUAAAUUCCGAUUUCUCAUCAGUAGAUUAGGAUUUAUGUCAGCCAUUUGCUGAUUAAACUUGCCCGCUGAUUAAGAUACAACAAGCAAAUGUCGGUAUUCAUUCUCCUUUUAGGUUAUUGGUCUUCACAAGGAUGGUUAUGGCCGCCUUUUAGCUGAAUGUAUGUUUACUGCAAAGGUCCUUUACUGCUACUUGGUUUGCAUGGCAGAAGAUGAUGAAGAUUUCGUUGUUGAGAUGACAAAGCCCCUACCUGCUGACGUCACUAAAGACUACAUAAGGAACAACAUCAUCGGAAAAACCAACGAGGAACUGGCGAAUGUAAAGUGUUAUAGUCAUUUUCACUGUUACGCCGCGAUCUUCGUAAUCACAAUUACUUGGAAAUAGACAGGGUACCUUACAUUGAAAUUAGAUGAUGACUCGUAGAAACAAAACAAUUCCCAGUAAUUCCCAGUUUGAUUAAAGUUGAUACCUCCGUUGUCUACAAUUCAUACUGCACUUUAUACUGCAGUUCAUACUAGUUAGCGUUAAGUCUCCGGGCGUUGGAUACAGUUUGGUUUAAUUUGUACUUGAUGGUAGUUACCAAAUGAUCAAGUCGAAGGGGCAUAUUAUGAAAUGGAUUUUUUCGUUUCGAAUUUGGAGGGGUUAUAUUCAGUGUGUUACAAGGUGCCCUGCUAUUUGAGGCCGAGUUACUUUCCUGAAUUCUACGUUGCGCACUGUUUUUCCUUCUCAACAGGACGAUGAGCUGAUGAAAAUACUUCGAAGAGUUGGCCCUGACACUUUGAUUCCCUGCUUCGCAGUUAAUAUCCGUGGUAAUAAGGAUGUUCAAAUAGCCAACGAAGUCAACCAAGCAGUUUUUAACGACCUGUCUCACAUAUCAGCUGAAGAAACAAGCAAGCGGAUUCCUUUGAUUGUGACUCUAUCCACCAUGGAAGCUCACAAGCACCCUUUAAAAGCAUUCAAGAAAAGGCUUGGGGUACGCAUGCCAAAUACGGCUUUAAGAUUCUAACAGUUCUUACUAACAUAAGCAUGAAAAUCUCCUUCGAGGGCACCGGAAAGGCUACUGUAGCAAAUUUAAACUUGGGUUGCACCUUGUUUACUUUGAAACCCCAUCAUAUGCAACAACGUCCUAGAUUGUGCGAGAAAGGCUUGUUACUAUUCCAUAGCAAUAACUCGAGACCGGCUGAGGGGAAUAAAGAUGGGGAAAGUACGAUUAACUAGCUUAAAAGCAGAAAAGUAAAACAAAGUUUUGUGUCAAUUCUUUUCAACUUAUUAUGACUAUAAUAAUAAUAAUUAUUAUUAAUUAUUAUCAUCAACUCUCUUAUUUUUGAUGAUCAAAUAAAGCUUGACCCCAAAAACACAGAUGGAGUGAAAUACAUUAUAACAACCUGUUUGGAUCCGUGGUCAACCUCACUGGAUUUUGUGGAUGACAUGGCUGCCAUACUGAGAAAUGCCACCCUUAACGCCAUUGGAACAGUAAGUGCAUAGGAUGGGAUUCCUGUGUUUGCUUUCACACUACAGGAGGGGUUCCUGUGUUUACUUUUACACAACAGGACUAACUUCUUUGGCUGAUUGUUUUCUAACCGUGACAUGCGAAAAAUCAAAAGAGUUAUGAAGGGAAAAAAGCACCUAUUGCUAUCAACAGUUUUUCAUAGCAAAAUGACAGGUUAACGAGAAAAUUGAAGCAGCUAAAUUAUAGGCAGAAAUAAGCAUUAGUAAAUUACUAAAAAUAUUCCUAAGAUGGAUGAAAACAGUUCCUUAACUUUGACAAUAUCAUGAACAAAAAUGAUUGCUCUUUCGGGGUUAACCUCUACCGGUAUAUGACUUCUUAAGUAUGAACCGGCUAGGGAGCAUAUUUGUCGUUUCAAAUUAUCUAACACAUACUUAUUCUCAUUGGCACAUGAAUACUGGUUUUUCACCUUGGAAAAAAAACAAUGACAUCCACUUUGGUUUUACUUAAACGUUCCUGAGAGUUGUCAGUUCUACGCUUUAAAUAAGUAACAGUCUUGGGGCUAAUAUUGACUUAACCAAGUCUAAAAGCGGAGCUCGUGCGCAUGGAUAGAUAAACACAUUUCCUUACCCAUGGUAUCAGUUAUAACUCUUAUUACUUUCUUCGUGAAUUUUCUUUCCAAAUUAGGUUCAGGACCAAGAGGACAACCACUCCUUUGUCAGCGGUGACAGGGUGAAUGCAAACAAAGAAAUCUUUGUCUGCUAUGUCGGCAACUUCAACCAGCUUCAGCGUCAGUACUUCGCGGUUGCUAGGUUCCGUUUUACUUCUGAUGAAGACGUGCGCACAUUUGAGGAUAAGUCAAGCACCACCUCCAAACCGAUCGUACUGCGAAGUUCCCAGAAGAAAAUUCUCCAUAAUGUCUUGUACAACGACACCGGGUCGCUGGAAGAGGAGUUUGACUUCUACGAAGGUCUUCCAACUGAUAGUAGUAAGCCCUUCAUGCUUAAAAGAAAGAUGAAAGUCGUUGAUGUCCCUCGCUAUGAUCAUUUUGACAAAGCUGAUGACCAGUACCCUGAGUUCGCCACCUACUUCUUGUACGGCGAUGUAGGAAAUGCUUACCUGUUCCAUUCACCGACUAAAGACCCAGAUUACCUACAGGUAAAGUUAUUCGGGACUAAAUUGAAAUCUUUAACUAGUUUUUUUUUGUUAUAAACAGUUGGCAAUCGUGGAUAAUUGUGCAGACUUGACACACCAACCGGACUCUCAGUUGUCAUGAAGGCAAUCCAAGUUUGUAAUAGGAAUAGGUACAGAAAAGUACAUAGGUGGACAGAAAAGGACAAGCGAGGAGUAAAAAGUACAGAAAAGAAAGAGUUUUAGGAAAUGCUUAUUCGUAAUAAGCAUUUACAGUAUGUACGCAGUCACAAAGUGCUCAAGUAAUUUAUAUUGCACGACUAUAUGGUGUGCCAACAUGUAUUUUAUGCCCGUCACUCAACGUCAAGCUGCUCUCCUCCUUAUUUGGGGAGUAGCGUUGCGUGACGUGACAAAUAACAGCUGUGUGAGAGACUAUUUUGACCCUUUGUACUCUCUUUUGCUUACGAUGUCGUCUUUUUUCUUUUUCAUCGCCUAGAUUGUACGUCUUGUAGAAGCCCCUUCUGGUCUCGGUGAAUCUCAAGAAAAAGAUAUGAUCCUCAAACAAGGCGUGAAUGCUGAGCUCUUGGAUGUCCCUGGAUCACCUCAGUUUGGCCCGGACGGAAAGACUGUUGACCCUCUGCAAAACCCAACGAGCCAGUACGAGAUAAAUUUCAUCGGAAUUGAUGGGAAGGAAGUGAAAAUUCCUGUUGUGAUAAAACAGAAGAUUUGGUUUGAUGGCGAAGUUUUGAACAAGUCCGUGGUAUCUUAA